ACGCGGCCAAAAGCUGUUCCAGCCACUAACUGAACGAUCAGUUCGCUUUGGGCAUUGGUACGCGUUGCACGCGAUCUUCGGAAAACUGCUUGUGAUUUUUAAACGAUAAACGAAACGACUGACACACAUCCAACAACAAUAGAGUAUUAACAAAUUAAAAAAUAGCCACAGAAAAAAGAGAGGAAAAAAAUCAAAAGCUAAAAAACGUUGAAUAUUUUUGUAGUGGUACUUUCGGAUUCUGCGCUUGAGUGUUGUGUGAGAUUUUUCUUGAAAUAAGUAGUGUUUGCUAGUGCUUUUAAAUUGGCUAUUUCAUAUUUACUAUACUAUACGAGUAUAUCACUUCUAACAACGUUGCCCAGUUCAUCGCGUUUUUUCGUUUGCCUUUUUUAUUUUUUUAACUGAAAUUCGCACGCGUGUCCAAUUAGUCGGAUAACAUAGACUGUGAUCGAUAAAAGACAUAACGUACAUAUCUUCUAACAUUUUCAUUUUAAAAACCAACCGAAUUUUGAGCUUCCUGCGAAUUCAUACUUGUCAAAAUGGUAUCGAAAGGCAGCAAGAAAAAGCAGCAAGAAAUUAGUGUCAGCAACAGCAAAAAUGCUGCAAGCACAAGCAGCACCACCUCUAGUUCCUCGAAAACUGUGGUGCAUAGCGCUGUUACCGAGGCAGCAUCAACUAGCUCGUCGGCGGUGGGAGUAACUUCGACGACGUCGCCUACGUGGACGAAAACUUCACAGACACUGCAAAAAUCCGAGUCAGCGGCGAGCAACAAAUCGAUGCUGGCAACCACACAAUCCGGCACGCAGUCGCAGUUGCAAUCGAAUUUGUUCAAGAGCAGCAGUAGCAGCAGCAGUCACACGGAGUCGAGGUCAGAGCAAAAGCAGCGCCGACAACAAAUUGAACAGCAGCAACAGCAGCAGCAAGAACAGCUGUACGAGAUCGUCAGUGACGUGGGCAGCAUCGGUGGCGGCCAGUCAGCGCCAAUCGCUUCCAUAAUGAGUGACACAUUGAAAUCGACGAAGGCGUCAUCCUCAUCUUCCUCAUUUCAACAGAAAUCAGAAUACUAUGAAGAGAUCUCCAAUGAUUUUUCCAAUGCUAAGAUAAUAUCAUCCAUCGAUCUGCUUGAGAGCGACAAAAAGGAACCAGUUUUUUCGGUGCCGAUCGAUGUCAUUGAGAUAGUUGGUAGCGGUAGCUCCAGCAUUGGCAGCAAUUACAAUAAAGCUUAUUUGUCCUCUUCCCAAUCACAAACCGGUAUCAUGACAAGCACGAGCAGCUCCAAUUUCGCACACAUCGAGUCCGCAAGCAGUAGCAGUAAGGUCAUUGAUGGUGGAAUUACGAUCACCGAUAUGUCCACCGAAAAUUCAAAGUCCAUUUCGUCCACAUCGAAUACAGCAAAAUCGGGCAAAGUCACAUCUACAAAUGUUGAAAUGACAUCAUCGUCAAACAAGUUUUUAACGAAUGAUGUGAAAAACAGUAACGCCGAAGUAAACAGCUAUACGUCGUAUUCGACGAUUGAUGGCAAAGCCAUUAAUGGUGCUGCAACACCAGUAAUAGCGCCGCUAAUCACAUCGCCUGCAAAAACACAACAAACGUCAACGGCAUUUACGAAAAGUACACAGAGAGCAAUCGAUGACGACAGCCAUUCCAUUACCUCCACCGCCCACCACACCGAAAUUACAAGUCAAGGUGAUAGUACAUCACUGACUGAAACAGCGAAAAACUUGAAGAGUGACGUAGUUGUAAGUGGUAGUAGUAGGCAAUUGGCCUCCAAUGUAACAAACAAAUCGACGAAAAAGUCCUCUAUAAUAGAGCAAAAUAUCUCUGAACAAACAAUUGAAGAAAGCUCGCUGAAGAAAAGCAAGAGUACGUCAAAGAAGGAAGUGUAUGAUGUGAAAACUAAAAGAUGGACAGAGCUGAAUGAAAAGACCGGCACUGGCGCUACAAACAAAAAGCAGCCAACAAUCGAGCGUUACGUUAGUCGCGAAUCUGACGGCACUUACAAAAUUACGUAUAAGAAAAAAAUAUUCGAUCAGCGUGCGAACAAGUGGAAAAUCGUCGAAGAGAAGACUGUGGACAGUGCUCAUGAUACUCAUUACCCCGAAAUAGUUGAUGAUGUCAUCAAUACGACUACCACAACGUACACAACAAAAGUAUAUGACACUAAGACCGGAGAGUGGAAAAUCGUUGAAGAGAAAUCGUUUGUGGACUCAAAAGCUUUCGUGCCAAAUGACAUUGUUCGUGAAAUUGAAAAAGACAAUACUGAUGUGGCGAACAUAACUACUACCACUGAAGUAACAAAGAUAUUUGAUGCCAGCUUGAACGAUUGGCGAGUCCUAGAUGAGAAAACGCAUACCGAUGUGAUUGAAAGAAUCGUUGAAACGCCCAAAAAGACAAUUUAUAUUGACGAAUUUGUUGAAAUCGAAAAAAAUGUGCAGAUAACAGAAGACAGUGAAAAUAUAACCAAUGAACGUACUAACACAUCAAAACGCAAAGAUAUUACCACAAAUAUAUACGAUGAAGUUGACGACGUUAAGAGAGAAAAGCUGACUACUAGCGACUCAAGAAUCCGUGGAGUCGAUAAAAAAGAAACGUUUGGUUCAAAGCAUACAGAGAUGUGUAUUUGCGAAAUCUGCACUUGUGGUCGCCACCAUUGUGCUUCAAGCGUUAAGAAGACGGAUGCUAUUAUAGAGACUAUAGAUUUGCUGGACGAAUCUCAAACGCGAAUAAGGUCCAACACUUGGUCUAAAAAGGAUCUAGAAGAAUCUCGAUUAAAACUUUUGUACGACAUUGACGAGCAAGUCACUUUAAUAAAACCCGAGGACAAUUUGAAACCUGAGGGAGAAUUUAUAGUUCCCGAGAAAAUUCCAUUCCAACCAGCUGAAAGAACGGAACGCAUAAUUAGAAAAGACAACUUGCGCAGUGAAGGAGAAAUGACAUUUACGGAAAAAGAGGAAUAUCAAUAUGUAAUAAGGCCUCUGCCAGUCAAACCCACUGAUAACCUCAAAUCUGAAGGUGAAUUUUAUAUACCAGAAAAAACAACAUAUGUUCCAGCAGAAAAACCUACUCAAAUUAAAUACAAAGACAACUUAAAACCGGAAGGAGAAUUCUACACUCCCGACAAACCAGUCUAUCAAUCAACAGAACGCCCGUUACAAAAGAAACCAGAGGACAAUCUCCGCCCUGAAGGUGAAUUCAUAGUGCCGGAAAAGAUCUCAUAUACACCAGCGGAACAGACAACACGAAUAAUAAGAAAAGACAAUCUCAAAACAGAAGGAGAAAUGACAUUUGACGUAAAAGAAGAAUACACAUUUGUGAGUAGGCCGGAACAAAUCAAACCAAUUGAUAAUCUUAAACCAGAAGGAGAGUUUUACACUCCCGAAAAACCUGGGUUUAGGCCUGCUGAACGUCCUAUUCAGAAGAAGAUAGAAGAUAAUUUGAGGCCAGAAGGAGACUUCUAUAAACCAGAAAAAGUCAUGUAUCAUCCAGGAGAACGUCCAACACCAGUUAGACCGGAGGAUAACCUUCGACCUGAAGGAGAAUUUUAUACGCCUGAGAAACCCGGAUUUAAACCUGCUGAACGUCCUACACAAACGAAACCAGAGGACAAUUUGAAACCAGAAGGAGAAUUCUAUAAACCAGAGAAAAUAAAAUACCAACCAGGAGAGCGUCCCACACAAGUAAGACAUGCUGACAAUUUGCAACCAGAAGGCGAGUUUUACACUCCAGAAAAACCUGGAUUUAGCCCUGCUGAACGUCCAGCUCAGAAGAAACCAGAAGACAACCUGAGACCAGAAGGAGAAUUCUAUACACCCGAAAAAGCAAAGUUUCAACCAGGAGAACGUCCUACACAAGUUAGACCAGAGGACAACCUUCGCCCUGAGGGAGAAUUUUACACUCCAGAAAAACCUGGAUAUAGGCCGGCAGAACGUCCAACUCAGAAACGACCAGAGGAUAAUUUGAAGCCAGAAGGUGAUUUCUAUUCACCAGAGAAACCAAAGUUCCAACCUGGAGAGCGUCCCACACAAGUUAGACAUGCUGACAACUUGCGACCUGAAGGCGAAUUUUACACUCCUGAGAAGCCCGGAUUUAGACCAGCUGAACGUCCAACUCAAAAGAAGCCAGAAGAUAAUUUGAGACCAGAAGGAGAGUUCUAUGCACCAGAAAAAACGAAGUUUCAACCAGGAGAACGUCCAACACAAGUUAAACCAGAGGACAACCUUCGCCCUGAGGGUGAAUUUUACACUCCCGAAAAACCUGGAUUUAGGCCUGCUGAACGUCCAGUUCAGAAGAAACCAGAAGAUAAUUUGAGACCAGAAGGCGAGUUCUAUAAACCAGAAAAGACAGGGUUCCAACCAGGAGAACGUCCUACACAAGUUAGACCAGAGGACAACCUUCGCCCUGAGGGAGAAUUUUACACUCCCGAAAAACCUGGAUUUAGGCCUGCUGAACGUCCAGUUCAGAAAAAACCAGAAGAUAAUUUGAGACCAGAAGGCGAGUUCUAUAAACCAGAAAAGACAAAGUUCCAACCAGGAGAACGUCCUACACAAGUUAGACCAGAGGACAACCUUCGCCCUGAGGGAGAAUUUUACACUCCCGAAAAACCUGGAUUUAGACCUGCUGAACGUCCAGUUCAGAAAAAACCAGAAGAUAAUUUGAGACCAGAAGGCGAGUUCUAUACACCAGAAAAGACAAAGUUCCAACCAGGAGAGCGUCCCACACAAGUUAGACCAGAGGACAACCUUCGCCCUGAGGGUGAAUUUUACACUCCCGAAAAACCUGGAUAUAGGCCUGCUGAACGUCCAGUUCAGAAAAAACCAGAAGAUAAUUUGAGACCAGAAGGCGAAUUCUAUACACCAGAAAAAACGAAGUUUCAACCAGGAGAACGUCCAACACAAGUUAGACCAGAGGACAACCUUCGCCCUGAGGGAGAAUUUUACACUCCUGAAAAACCAGGAUAUAAGCCAGCAGAACGUCCAACUCAGAAACGGCCAGAAGAUAAUUUGAAGCCAGAAGGUGAUUUCUAUUCACCAGAAAAACCUAAGUUCCAACCUGGAGAGCGUCCCACACAAGUUAGACAUGCUGACAACUUGCGACCUGAAGGCGAAUUUUACACUCCUGAGAAGCCCGGAUUUAGACCAGCUGAACGUCCAACUCAAAAGAAGCCAGAAGAUAAUUUGAGACCAGAAGGAGAGUUCUAUGCACCAGAAAAAACGAAGUUUCAACCAGGAGAACGUCCAACACAAGUUAAACCAGAGGACAACCUUCGCCCUGAGGGUGAAUUUUACACUCCCGAAAAACCUGGAUUUAGGCCUGCUGAACGUCCAGUUCAGAAGAAACCAGAAGAUAAUUUGAGACCAGAAGGCGAGUUCUAUACACCAGAAAGGACAAAGUUCCAACCAGGAGAGCGUCCCACACAAGUUAGACCAGAGGACAACCUUCGCCCUGAGGGUGAAUUUUACACUCCCGAAAAACCUGGAUUUAGGCCUGCUGAACGUCCAGUUCAGAAGAAACCAGAAGAUAAUUUGAGACCAGAAGGCGAGUUCUAUAAACCAGAAAAGACAAAGUUCCAACCAGGAGAACGUCCUACACAAGUUAGACCAGAGGACAACCUUCGCCCUGAGGGAGAAUUUUACACUCCAGAAAAACCUGGAUAUAGGCCAGCAGAACGCCCAACUCAGAAACGGCCAGAAGAUAAUUUGAAGCCAGAAGGUGAUUUCUAUUCACCAGAAAAACCUAAGUUCCAACCUGGAGAACGUCCCACACAAGUACGACAUGCUGACAAUUUGCGACCAGAAGGAGAAUUUUACACUCCUGAGAAGCCAGGAUUUAGACCAGCUGAACGUCCAACUCAAAAGAAGCCAGAAGAUAAUUUGAGACCAGAAGGAGAGUUCUAUGCACCAGAAAAAACAAAGUUUCAACCAGGAGAACGUCCAACACAAGUUAGACCAGAGGACAACCUUCGCCCUGAGGGUGAAUUUUACACUCCCGAAAAACCUGGAUUUAGGCCUGCUGAACGUCCAGUUCAGAAGAAACCAGAAGAUAAUUUGAGACCAGAAGGCGAGUUCUAUACACCAGAAAAGACAAAGUUCCAACCAGGAGAACGUCCAACACAAGUUAGACCAGAGGACAACCUUCGCCCUGAGGGUGAAUUUUACACUCCCGAAAAACCUGAAUUUAGACUUGCUGAACGUCCAGUUCAGAAGAAACCAGAAGAUAAUUUGAGACCAGAAGGCGAGUUCUAUAAACCAGAAAAGACAAAGUUCCAACCAGGAGAGCGUCCUACACAAGUUAGACCAGAGGACAACCUUAGGCCUGAGGGUGAAUUUUACACUCCCGAAAAACCUGGAUUUAGGCCUGCUGAACGUCCAGUUCAGAAGAAACCAGAAGAUAAUUUGAGACCAGAAGGCGAGUUCUAUAAACCAGAAAAGACAAAGUUCCAACCAGGAGAACGUCCUACACAAGUUAGACCAGAGGACAACCUUCGCCCUGAGGGAGAAUUUUACACUCCCGAAAAACCUGGAUUUAGACCUGCUGAACGUCCAGUUCAGAAGAAACCAGAAGAUAAUUUGAGACCAGAAGGCGAGUUCUAUACACCAGAAAAGACAAAGUUCCAACCAGGAGAGCGUCCAACACAAGUUAGACCAGAGGACAACCUUAGGCCUGAGGGCGAAUUUUACACUCCAGAAAAACCUGGAUAUAGGCCAGCAGAACGUCCAACUCAGAAACGGCCUGAAGACAACUUGAAACCAGAAGGAGAGUUCUAUAAACACGAGAAACCCACUUAUCAACCCGCCGAACGUCCAACGCAAAAGAAACCUAUAGAUAAUUUGAAGCCCGAAGGCGAGUUUCUUGUUCCGGAAAAAGAAAUGUAUAAACCAGCUGAAAAAAUUGAACGUGUAAUUAGAACGGACAACUUACGCACAGAAGGUGAAAUGACAUUCGAAACAAAAGAAGAAUAUCAGUUUGUUAUUAGGCCCAAUCAAGUGAAACCCACUGAUAAUCUAAAGCCAGAAGGCCAGUUUUAUGCUCCAGAGAAAUCUAUAUAUAAGCCAGCUGAAAAACCUUUACAAAUCAGACACGAAGAUAAUUUAAAACCCGAAGGCGAAUUCUAUACUCCACAAAAACCAGGUUUCACACCCGCAGAGCGUCCAAUUCAAAAGCGACCAGAAGAUAAUUUGCGUCCAGAAGGUGAGUUUUAUGUACCAGACAAGCAGGAAUUUAAGGCUGCUGAAAGACCUACUCAAUUGAAACCUGAAGAUAACUUAAGACCGGAAGGCGAGUUCAUGAUUCCCGAAAAAGAAAUAUAUAAACCCGCCGAAAAAAUUCUUCGUGUAAUAAGGAAAGACAACUUGCGGUCAGAAGGGGAAAUUAUUUUUGAAAAGAAAGAAGAAUAUCAAUUUGUAAAUAGACCAGAGCAAGUGAAACCGGUAGAUAAUCUUAGACCGGAAGGGGAAUUCUAUACCCCAGAAAAACCAAAAUACCAACCUGCUGAAAAGCCAGUGCAAAUUCGACAUAAGGAUAAUUUAAAACCGGAGGGUGAAUUCUAUACACCCGAGAAACCUGGUUUUGAACCUGUGGAACGCCCAACUCAGAAAAAACCGCAAGACAAUUUGAGACAGGAGGGAGAGUUUUAUGCUCCUGAUAAACCAGACUACCAGUCCGCCGACCGACCUAUUGCAAAGAAACCUGAGGACAAUUUAAGACCAGAAGGUGAAUUCACUAUCCCGCAGAAAACACCUUACCAACCAGCGGAAAAAGUCGAACGUAUUGUUAGAAAGGAUAACUUGCGAUCAGAGGGUGAGAUGACUUUUGAAACAAAGGAAGAAUAUCAGUUUGUUGUUAGGCCAGAGCAAUUGAAACCCACUGAUAAUCUAAAACCGGAAGGCGAAUUCUAUGCUCCGGAUAAACCGAAGUAUCAGCCAGCCGAAAAGCCAUUGAUUAUUAGACGUGAAGAUAAUUUGAAACCGGACGGGGAGUUUUAUAAACCACAAAAAGUCGAUUUUGUUCCAGCAGAUCGCCCUUCUCCAGUCAAGCAUGAAGACAACCUUAAACCAGAAGGGGAAUUUUAUACACCUGAAAAACCUGGUUACCGGCCGGCGGAGAGGCCAACUCAAAAAAAACCUCUUGAUAAUUUACGACCUGAAGGAGAGUUCACUGUUCCAGAGAAAACCACUUACACUCCAGCUGAAAAAACAAAACGAAUAAUCAGAAAAGAUAACUUACGAACUGAAGGGGAGAUGAUAUUUGAAGUAAAAGAAGAUUAUCAAUUUGUUAAUAGACCUGAGCAAGUCAAACCUAUUGAUAACCUUAAACCAGAGGGAGAAUUUUACACUCCAGAAAAGCCAACGUAUCAAGUUUCAGAACGACCUUCCCAAAUUAAACCUGAGGAUAAUUUGAGACCCGAAGGUGCGUUUACAGUACCAGAGAAGUUGGUAUACAAACCGGCUGAAAAGGUUCAACGUAUCAUAAGAAAAGACAAUCUCCGCACAGAAGGUGAAAUGAAUUUUGAAAGAAAAGAAGAAUAUACGUUUGUCAUAAGACCUGAUCAGAUUAAACCCACUGAUAAUCUCAAACCCGAGGGUGAUUUCUAUACUCCCGAAAAAUCAAAAUAUCUGCCAGCUGAGACUCCGAUAGUUAUUAGACGUGAAGACAACUUAAAGCCUGAAGGUGAGUUUUAUAUACCAGAGAAAACAAAUUAUAGGCCCGCAGAGCGUCCAAUACAAAAGAAGCCUGAAGAUAAUCUUCGAACAGAAGGCGAGUUUUAUUCUCCAGAAAAAUCCGAUUACAUACCCGCCGAACGACCUACUCAGAAGAAGCCAAAAGAUAAUUUACGUCCUGAGGGCGAGUUUUACACACCUGAAAAGCCUAGUUACAGGUCAGCAGAAAAAGUUGAACGUAUUAUUAGGAAGGACAACCUACGCACCGAAGGUGAAAUGACUUUCGAAACAAAAGAAAAAUAUGAAUUUGUUAGCAGGCCGGAGCAAGUGAAACCUACUGACAAUUUAAAGCCAGAAGGAGAGUUUUAUACCCCAGAAAAACCAAAAUUCCAACCUGGCGAGCGGCCGUCACAAGUAAAGCAUACAGACAAUCUACGGCCUGAGGGAGAGUUUUAUACACCAGAGAAACCUGGGUAUAAGCCCGCCGAACGUCCCACACAGAAGCGGCCGGAGGAUAAUUUGAAGCCUGAAGGAGAAUUUUAUUCUUCAGAAAAGCCCAAAUACCAGCCCGGUGAGCGGCCAUCACAAGUAAAGCAUGCAGACAAUCUACGGCCUGAGGGAGAAUUUUAUAUACCAGAGAAACCUGGGUAUAAACCAGCCGAACGCCCCACACAGAAGCGUCCGGAGGAUAAUUUGAAGCCUGAAGGAGAAUUUUAUUCUCCGGAUAAACCAAAAUUCCAACCCGGAGAGCGUCCAUCACAAGUAAAGCAUGCAGACAAUCUUCGGCCUGAGGGAGAAUUUUAUACACCAGAGAAACCUGGGUAUAAACCAGCCGAACGUCCCGUACAGAAGCGUCCGGAGGAUAAUUUGAAGCCUGAAGGUGAAUUUUAUUCUCCGGAUAAACCAAAAUUCCAAUCCGGAGAACGUCCAUCACAAGUAAAACAUGCAGACAAUCUACGGCCUGAGGGAGAAUUUUAUACACCAGAGAAACCUGGGUAUAAACCAGCCGAACGUCCCGUACAGAAGCGUCCGGAGGAUAAUUUGAAGCCUGAAGGAGAAUUUUAUUCUCCGGAUAAACCAAAAUUCCAAUCCGGAGAACGUCCAUCACAAGUAAAGCAUGCAGACAAUCUACGGCCUGAGGGAGAAUUUUAUACACCAGAGAAACCUGGGUAUAAACCCGCCGAACGUCCUGUACAGAAGCGUCCGGAGGAUAAUUUGAAGCCUGAAGGAGAAUUUUAUUCUCCAGAAAAGCCCAAAUUCCGACCUGGUGAGCGACCAUCUCAAGUAAAGCAUGCAGACAAUCUACGGCCUGAGGGAGAAUUUUAUACACCAGAGAAACCUGGGUAUAAACCCGCCGAACGUCCCACACAGAAGCGUCCGGAGGAUAAUUUGAAGCCUGAAGGAGAAUUUUAUUCUCCAGAAAAGCCUAAAUUCCGACCUGGUGAGCGACCAUCUCAAGUAAAGCAUGCAGACAAUCUACGGCCUGAGGGAGAAUUUUAUACACCAGAGAAACCUGGGUAUAAACCUGCCGAACGUCCUGUUCCGAAAAAGCCACAAGAUAAUCUCAAAUCAGAGGGACACAUUUAUGUACCAGAAAAAACUGCCUUUAUACCUGCUGAAAAAAGUGAGCGCAUUAUUAGAAAGGACAACCUUCGUACGGAAGGAGAAAUUAUAUUUACCGAGAAAAAGGAAUACGAGUUUGUUAAAAAGCCGGAUCAAAUAAAACCUACAGAUAACCUAAGACCUGAAGGCGAAUUUUAUAAAGUGGAGAAGCCUUCAUACAAGUCUGGUGAACGGCCUGUAGUGAAAAAACCCAAAGACAAUUUAAAAGUGGAGGGUGAAUUUACCGCACCCGAGAAAACAUCAUUUAAGCCCGCCGAGAAAACAAAACGCAUUAUCCGAAAAGAUAAUUUACACAUGGAAGGAGAAAUGACGUUUGCAGAGAAAAAUCAGUAUCAGUAUGUAAAUAGGCCCGAAAAGGUUGUACCCUCUGAUAAUUUAAGAACGGAGGGUGAAUUUUACACUCCUGAUAAACCCGGAUUUAAACCGGCUGAAAAAGUGAGACGAGUCAUUCACAAAGAUAAUUUAAGAAUGGAGGGGGAGAUGACCUUUACAGAAACGGAGAAACACGUGGGUGUUAAGAGACCAGAAAAAAUUGUGCCGCGUAAUAACCUUAAACCUGAAGGCACUUUCUACAGUAAGGAAAAACAGCAAUAUCAGCCGGCUGAGCGUCCAAAACAAGUAAAACC